AUGCGUUAUUUGGUUCUGUUUUGUGCCUUAACAUUCGUAGCUGCUGCAGCUGACAAAAAACCCGAAAAAUCUUCGCCAAAAUCAUCGGUGAUGACCAAAGAUGAACUCCAAAAACUUCAUGAAAUUGUUAAAAACUCAACGAAAACACCAAAAGGUAUGCGUGAAGCACUUGAGAAAUUUUUUGCUUCACUACCAAAAGAACGACAAAACAUCGUUAAACCGUACGUUCUGAAGGAGAUUGCUGAAUUCAACAAUAAGACUGAUAAAGUGAAGAAAAUUAUUGCAGAAAGUCUUAACAAAGAACAGCUUAAAUCGGUGGAAUUAUUAUUAACCGAUCUACAUAAUAAGGAUGCAAAACCAAAAGAAGUGGUGGAAGCUGUGUAUGAAAAAUUGAUAGAAAUUUUAGGCAACAAGAAAGCUAAAGAAAUGAUGGAAAAAAUUGCUGCAAUAUUUAAGAUUCCACAUGAUUGA